AUGGAGCCGCGGGAGUCGUGGGCGGCCUUGGCGGCUGGUGGAGUUGCUGGUGUCUGCGUUGACUUGAUCCUUUUUCCCCUGGAUACUGUGAAAACCAGGCUGCAGAGUCCCCAGGGAUUUCGGAAGGCUGGUGGCUUUCGUGGCAUCUAUGCUGGUGUUCCUUCCACUGCUAUAGGAUCCUUUCCAAAUGCGGCUGCUUUUUUUGUCACCUAUGAAUAUGUUAAGUCUGUGCUGCACCGUGGCUCUGCAUCAUACUUGUCUCCUGUAACGCACAUGGUGGCUGCCUCCUUUGGAGAAGUG